CACCAAUCAUUUUGAAGUAACAUAUUUUCAUCAUCCACAUUGCAUUGCACAUUAAUAUCAUUAUCGUUCCCUUGUAUAUUUCAACAUACCAGAUAUAUGGAGAAUCAUGUAGCUAUAGCGGUUGAAGCAAUGCUGAAGAACGCACAACCUUUGUUUACAACCGAAAGUUGCUGCAUCUACAAGGUGCCCAGUCAAAUCCGCCAAUCAAACGAAGAUGCAUACACUCCAAUGAUUGUUUCUAUUGGCCCUCUUCAUCACGGGAAUUCCAAGUUGGUAAUUAUGGAAUCCCACAAACAGGUUUAUUGUCAACAUUUCAUUCAGAGAUCGGAGGUAAGUUUAACCGACUUGGUGAGUUGUGUGCAACAGUUGGAACCUCAAAUCCGUGCAUGUUACUCUGAGAAGAUCGAUCUCACAGUGGAUGAAUUGGUGAAGGUGAUAUUCAUAGACUGUUGUUUCAUAAUUGAGCUUUUCCUCGGAAAAAGGUGGAUGAGAAAUGAUGCCAUCCGUUCAAAAUCGUGGAUGGGUACUCGGGUAACGCAAGAUUUGAUAUUACUUGAGAAUCAGAUUCCUUUUUUUGUCUUUGAGAAGAUAUACAAUCUAGCUUUUGCUUCUCGCUUAAACGGUGGUCAACUCCGUUCAUUUAUGUGGGUUGCUGUUAUUGUGUUUUCAUAUCACAACAAACAAGGAGUGUUACCACCUGCAGGUGGCGGUAUAGCACACUUCACUGAUCUGGUUAGAUACUUGUACUUGCCACCAUCUCAUAGAAUACCUUCAAGGAACCGUGUACCAUUAGUUAUUGGUCACAGUGCAUCUGAGUUAGUUGAAGCAGGUGUCAAGUUCACAGUAAAUAAACCAUGGCACGGCAUUGGCAUACUAGACUUGGAAUUUGAACAUGGUAUUCUUAAAAUCCCGCAUAUUGUAGUAGAUGAUUUCACUGAAGUUUGGUUGAGGAACAUUGUGGCUUUGGAGCAGUGCCACUAUCCUAAUGACCACUACAUCACUGACUACGUUAGCUUCCUUACUCGACUUGUCAACAGAGACAAGGAUGCGGAUGUCCUCAUCAAAGCUGGAAUAAUUGAGAGUAUGAUGAUAAGUGGUAAUGACACUUCAGUGGCUAAGCUAAUCAACGAUGUUGAUAAAAAUAUUACAGUGUCAAAUGUCAAUGCUAAUUAUCUCAAAAUUUCUGAUGAUUUGAAAGCUUACUACAAGCAUCCUUGCCACACUAAAAUGGCAACUCUCAGACGCGAUUAUUUUACCACUCCAUGGAAGACAGCAGCUUCCAUCGCUGGAAUUGUAUUACUCCUUCUUACUUUUGUUCAGACUAUAUGUUCUAUUCUCCAAGUUUAA